AUGGACGCUCUUCGAACCGCUAUACAACCAAUUACCCACAACCUCCCCCCUCCGAUCCGCGACCUCGGCGUCUCCAUUAUCGGCGACAAGUGCUACAAAACUCUCCUCCUCGACGUGGACCUCGAAAACACAGAAUGCCUCAAGCUCGCCGUGUCCAAGGGCCUCGGCAUCGGCAUCAUCGCCGCCUCCUCCAUCGUCAAGGUGCCCCAGAUCCUUAAGCUCGUCAACUCAAAGUCCGCAGAGGGCGUUUCAUUCUUGUCGUACCUCCUCGAGACGAGCGCAUACCUCAUCACUCUCGCCUACAAUGUCCGCAACGGCUUCCCCUUCAGCACCUUUGGCGAGACGGCGCUGAUCCUAGGCCAAAACAUCAUCAUCUCCGUGCUGGUGUUGAAUUACAGCGGGAAGGCAAGCAUGGCUGCUGUCCUGGUGGCCGCCUUGGCUGGGAGUGUUGCAGCGUUGUUUGCGGAGAAUGUUUUGGAUAUGAAGGCCCUCAGUUAUUUGCAGGCCGGCGCGGGUGUCUUGGGUGUUGCGAGCAAGGUUCCCCAGAUUCUGGCCAUUUGGCAGGAGGGCGGUACUGGCCAGCUCAGCGCCUUUGCUGUCUUCAAUUACCUCGCUGGUUCUCUAUCUCGAAUCUUUACUACCCUCCAGGAGGUGGAUGACAAGCUUAUCCUGUAUGGCUUCAUCUCCGGCUUUACCUUGAACCUUGUCCUGGCUCUGCAAAUGAUCUACUACUGGAACGCCCCCUCUCAAAAGGCCAAGGGCAAGCGGAAGGCGGUGCCAAUCGAGGCAAAGGCCAAGUCUAGUUCAACUGGAACUCCUAAAAAGGGACCAACCACUCGCCGCCGUGGUUAG